GAAGGAAGGCAGGCGAGGAGGAGCGAGCGCCGGGGCGCGGGCGGGAGCAGCCGGGCCGCGGACGCGCCAGCGGGAGGCCGGCCGCAGUCGCGUUUUUUGCCGCCGCACAGGCUCGCCUGGGGAUGUCCGAGCCCGCGCCUCGCGGCUCCGGAGCUCCACACGGCGCCCGCCGUCCCGGCCUCUAAGGGCCGCUACGUCCCGGCGGCGCGCGCGGGCUCAGGGCGGCUUAGUGCCGGUGCGGAGCGCGCCAGGAGGUGGCCCGGAGGGCUGCCCCAGGCUCGGCGGGCUGCCCCAGGCUCGGCGCAUACCCUAGCACCGCGGCCGGCGCCCGGCCAGGAGGAUGCGCGGUGUGGGGCUCUGAAGCAUGGAGGGGGUUCUGUACAAGUGGACCAACUAUCUCACAGGUUGGCAGCCUCGUUGGUUUGUUUUAGAUAAUGGAAUCCUAUCCUACUAUGAUUCACAGGAUGAUGUUUGCAAAGGGAGCAAAGGAAGUAUAAAGAUGGCAGUUUGUGAAAUUAAAGUUCAUUCAGCAGACAACACAAGAAUGGAAUUAAUCAUUCCAGGAGAGCAGCAUUUCUACAUGAAGGCAGUAAAUGCAGCUGAAAGACAGAGGUGGCUGGUUGCUCUGGGGAGCUCCAAAGCAUGUUUGACUGAUACAAGGACUAAAAAAGAAAAAGAAAUAAGUGAAACCAGUGAAUCUCUGAAAACCAAAAUGUCUGAACUUCGCCUCUACUGUGACCUCCUGAUGCAGCAAGUUCAUACGAUCCAGGAAUUUGUGCACCAGGAUGAGAAUCAUUCAUCUCCCAGUGUAGAGAGCAUGAAUGAAGCUUCUUCUCUGCUUAGUGCCACAUGUAAUACAUUCAUCACAACGCUUGAGGAAUGUGUGAAGAUAGCAAAUGCCAAGUUUAAACCUGAGAUGUUUCAACUGCCCCAUCCGGAUCCCUUAGUUUCUCCUGUGUCACCUUCACCUGUUCAAAUGAUGAAGCGUUCUGUCAGCCACCCCGGUUCUUGCAGUUCAGAGAGAAGUAGCCAUUCUACAAAAGAACCAGUGUCUACACUUCACCGACUCUCCCAGCGACGCCGAAGAACCUACUCGGAUACAGACUCUUAUAAUGAUAUUCUGCUUGAAGACCCAGAUAGACCUGUUCACUGUUCAAGAAAUACACUUAAUGGAGAUUUAGCAUCAGCAACCAUUCCUGAAGAAAGCAGACUUACAGCCAAAAAAAAAUCUGAAUUGGAAGAUCCUCUUCCAUCCUUCUCUUCCUGAGGAAACCGAAGCGUCCGACUUCCUCUGAGUAUUGCUAUGCAAAAGCUGCUGUAAUUAAACUGUUGUUAUAGGGGGUAGUUUUUCCCUUUACUUAAGAUUUCUCUGCACUUUAUAGAAUAUUGUAAAACAAACAAAAUACAGCCCACAUACUUUUGAAGUGUAUUUU